AUGGCUGACCACGACUCCGUCCGAAGACGGAUCAUUACGUCUGUCUUUGAGAAGCGCAAUACUGCAGGCGUAGUGGUGGAAAGCUAUGUUGCUCAUAUCAAAAUAUGGGAGGACUCGGGCGAUGGUUCAGGGAAAAAACCGCGAUGUAACUUGGAAGCAGGUUCCAACGAUGGAUCUGGAUUUAUUCAUAAGUCUAAAUUAAACACCAAUGGGUCGUUCUCUGUAGGCAAAACUUGGAAGCUGCUUGAACUACGUGGAAUUGAGGUUGUCACUCCAAUGUCUUUCAACAUCACUCUAGCAAGAACAUACAAAUGGCAGACAGAAAAUCAGUCGGAUCAGUCGAACUUUAUCACUGCGAUUAUCAAGCUUUAUCGUACCGUCACGAACGAUACAACCCCUCUACAGCUCGCUGGAGUAAAAGAUAAUAACUGUGCCACUUCCAACAACUCGUCAUCUCACGUCGAAGUAGUUGAUACAUCACGAGCACAGACUGCACCCCAAACGCCUCCUCAGCAGGAUAGUGAGUCAGAGAAGCCUCCGCCUACAAUGGCUCGCUCUCCGUUAAGGCUUCGAUCUCCCUCUCGCUCCUCUUCCCCUGCCGAUUCUAACCGGGACUAUACACCACCAAAUCUCGUACCCGUUUCCUCAUCCCCUCUAGCUACAUCGCUAUUGUCAGCUCCUCCAUACGGAGCUAACACCCCUCCUGAAACGCCAACACCUAAUCACCCCCAAGGAUCGACCUCACGAAACGGUAAUAUCAUGUCUGGCACCCCUCAACCUCGUCGAGAGUAUAACAACAAUCGCGUUUCGUUUUUUGACCACGCUAAUCAAGCACUAUUGGACCGACUUGUCGCUGGCGAUUUUGGUAUUGAUGAUGAGGAUGAAGGUCAACAGGAAACUGUGCAAGCCAUAAUGGCUAGCGUAGAAGACAUGUUGGAGGGGUAUGAGUGGGCAAGCGACGAUGUUUUAGGAAAAAAUACUGCAAGAAAGGCUGCUGACUUGGUCGAGGCGCGGCUUCUUGAUGAAUUGACGGCUUUGGAGAAGGCCAACAUCCACUCAUUCUUGGAAUCGGAUGAUAGAGUCAACCUUGUCAUCAAUUACCUCGAUACAGCUAUCUCUGAAGUUGAUGGCAUGGGCAGUCUUGUAUCAUCAUAUAAGAUUCAUCUGAAUGCCGUUGGCGAUGAUAUUGAAUACAUACAAUCGCAACAACGUGGUCUUCAAGUGCAAACUCAGAACCAGCGAAUACUUUUGAACGAACUCGAGAACCUUCUUCAAACGGUCCAAGUUGACCGGGAGUCGUUAGUAACUCUCACGCAAGAAUCUCUCGAAAAACCUGCUGGUAUACAAAGGCUUGAGGGGGCCGCAACCGAACUGUACAAGGCCCUGCAGGCUGGUCGUGACACAGAUAUGGCUGCUACAAUGGCAAGGCUCGAUGAAUACAGGACACACAACGCACAGUUCUGCAAGAGGAUAUUCGAUUUCCUAUCUAUCAUGAUAACGGUGCAGUCUAAGGUUAUCCUUGAUAAUCAUAACGGGAUUGAAAAGCCGUCAGGCCGAAGUCGGCCCACUAUCGCAAACCACCAGUCGAUGGAAUCCUACUUGGGACGGUAUGCAGGCCUUAUGCUCUAUCUCAAAGAAAUGGAUGAAUCAAUAUAUUCUAAACUAUGUGCUACUUAUUUCUCUGCAGCAAGCAACCUUCACAAUAAACAAAUCAAAGCUUUACUAUCUGGGUAUAUCACUAUUGUCAAGCGCCCAGCAGAAGAAGAUGUAGAACAAAAUUUUAGUGCGCCGGUUUCACAGAACCAAUCUAAGACAGGUGGUGCCAUACGUCGUGCCGGAACAAUUGUGCGCUCUCCCAUAGACAGCCGAAAAGACAGGGAUAGUGACAGAAACAAAAUUAGCAGUGAUGACAUGCGAACAUCGGAGGCUCUUGAGCUCAUCCUAGAACAAAUAGCACCGCAAAUUUAUAGAGAAAAUGACUUUAUCGCCGACUUCUUGCAGAUCAAUGAUGCUGGACUCACUUUCGCUGACUACUCUGGGCUUGAUAAUUAUUUCCGAAGACAAGCAGCACGUAGCAUGAACCCAAGUCAAUCGACUAUGAAGCUUGUAAGAGGUGCCAUGGACCUAAUAUUCGGGUUCCUCCCCGCAGAGCUCAAGGCUUGGCUAGACACUACUCUGGCGAACGAUGCCUUACAAAUUAUCGGCGUCCUUGUAUGUUUAGAGCGCUUCCUAGCUGAUGCAGACGAGAGAGACAGCGCAUUCCUUCUGCAGAUAUUGGAAAAACUACAUGGCCGACUGAAGGGAUCUUUCGACCGUCAUGUGAAUCAGCAGAUGAAGGCCGUAGAAGAGACGAAACUCACUAGCAAGAAGCGAAAAGGCGUUGCGUAUUUCAUCAAAUACUUUCCCAUAUACAUCACUCGGAUUGAACAACAGCUAGUUGGCACAGAUGGCCUUGAAAUCCGAGCACAUGUUGAUUCGGCUUACGAGAGGAUUGUGAACAGUAUGUUCGACUCUCUUAAGCAGAUGGCUACAUUGGGUGGCGAUGGGGAAGAUAAAGGGCAACUGAACUACCAUGUCAUUCUCGUCGAAAAUAUGCAUCAUUUCGUCGCAGAGAUUUCCCCGCUGGAGAUAAACACUGUGACGAUAUUUUUAAAGCAAGCCGAGUCUAUCUACAAUGACAAUCUAAGCGCCUAUGUCAAGAUUGUGCUCAGAAGACCUUUUGCAAAGGUCAUUAAGGUCAUCAAGGAGUUCGACGGAAAAGAUGUCCGCAAGCUCGUAGAUAUCCUGUUCAAGCGGGUCGAAAAACAUUUUACUGAAGCGUCCGAGAAAGCAACAACGGAAGAGAGCAGCGUUAUCGCCCCGGGCACCGUUUUAGUUGGCGUGUGGAAGGCAUGCGAAGAGGAGCUGCAAAGAAUAACAGAACUCUUUAACAAGAGGAUUGCCCAAUGUUAUGCUGAUAGUGGUCUCUCGCUAGAGUACACCGCGGCUGAUGUGGAGGCAGCUUUUCGGCGUCAUCGUCUUGGUUCAUAA